GGGGACGCGGCGACGCGCCGGGGGCCGGGGCGCCAUGGGGCCGGCUGGCUCGGGCUGCGCGGGGCACCCCCGGCGCCGCGGCUAGCGCGCCCGCCGCUCCGGCUCGUGUCUGCCGCCCGCGCCGCCCGCCUGGGGGACGAGGAGCAGGACGCGGCCUCGGCCGGGCCCGGGCCGAACGGCUGCGGACACCCGGGCGCCGGGGAGCCGGGCGCCGGCGCGGCCGCCGCCGCCUCCGGGAUGGAUCAGUGCGUGACCGUGGAGCGCGAGCUGGAAAAGGUGCUGCACAAGUUCUCGGGCUACGGGCAGCUGUGCGAGCGCGGCCUGGAGGAGCUCAUCGACUACACGGGCGGCCUCAAGCACGAGAUCCUGCAGAGCCACGGCCAAGAUGCUGAGUUAUCAGGGACACUUUCACUUGUUUUGACACAGUGCUGUAAAAGAAUAAAGGAUACCGUUCAGAAAUUGGCCUCAGACCACAAAGACAUCCACAGCAGCGUUUCACGGGUUGGAAAAGCCAUCGAUAAGAAUUUUGACUCUGACAUUAGCAGUGUGGGAAUAGACGGCUGCUGGCAGGCAGACAGCCAGAGGCUUCUCAACGAGGUGAUGGUGGAACACUUCUUUCGCCAAGGAAUGCUGGAUGUGGCCGAGGAGCUCUGCCAGGAAUCUGGCCUUUCUGUAGACCCAAGUCAGAAAGAACCAUUUGUGGAGUUAAAUCGAAUAUUAGAAGCAUUAAAAGUCAGAGUUCUGAGACCUGCUCUGGAGUGGGCGGUAUCAAAUCGAGAAAUGCUCAUAGCCCAAAACAGUUCUUUGGAAUUUAAGCUACACAGACUUUAUUUCAUUAGCUUGUUAAUGGGCGGUACUACGAAUCAGCGAGAGGCACUACAGUACGCUAAAAAUUUUCAGCCGUUCGCCCUAAAUCAUCAAAAAGACAUCCAGGUUUUGAUGGGAAGUCUCGUCUACCUGAGGCAAGGGAUCGAGAACUCGCCAUAUGUUCACCUGCUUGAUGCCAACCAGUGGGCUGACAUCUGUGACAUCUUCACUCGGGAUGCGUGCGCCCUUCUGGGGCUCUCCGUGGAGUCCCCCCUCAGUGUCAGUUUCUCAGCAGGUUGUGUGGCGCUGCCAGCUUUAAUUAACAUCAAAGCUGUGAUUGAGCAGAGGCAGUGCACUGGAGUCUGGAACCAGAAAGAUGAACUGCCGAUUGAAGUAGAUCUUGGUAAAAAGUGCUGGUAUCACUCUAUAUUUGCCUGUCCUAUUCUUCGUCAACAAACAACAGAUAACAAUCCUCCCAUGAAAUUGGUCUGUGGUCAUAUUAUAUCAAGAGAUGCCCUGAAUAAAAUGUUCAAUGGUAGCAAAUUAAAAUGUCCGUAUUGUCCAAUGGAACAAAGUCCAGGAGAUGCCAAGCAGAUAUUUUUCUGAAGAAAUAACUUUAGCAAUUUGAAGAAAGCUGUGAUAGAAUCCCAGUUUGCUUUUUGAUGUUUCCCUCUGCUCCGGCUCCCAGCGGAGUCGGCCUGCCUGCAUUGAGCCCUGCCUGGGUGCCAGCAGGCUGCCCUGUUAACGCCACUCUGACUUCAGCAGGUGGUUGUGAGAAGCCUUCCACUAGGUCGGAGCGGAAGGGGCACUAUUGUUUCUUUGCUUUUAUUGCUGAGAGGUGCUUGUUUGAAGUGUGUUCAAUAAAAUGAAAUUCUGAAGUUAGAAGUGUUAAGUUGAUAUUUGCUCUUCUAGUCUUGGUAGUCCUGUUCUCUGAACUCUGCCUCUAGGACUUAACUCUGUCUUGCACCUGUAUUUUGCAGACACAGUGAUGAUGUGUGUGCGCACACGUGUGUGUGUGUGAGUGUGUGUGUGUGUGUGUGUGUGUGUGUGUGUGAGUGUGUGUGUAUGCACCAGCAUCAGGAUAUUGUAUAUCUGGAGGGAAGCAUGUUCCAGACCUAAAAUGCAGUUGCCAGACUUUUCACUUUAUAUCCUUCAUGUCAUAGAAGCUAGCAAAUUUUCUGUAGUGCGGAAUAUGCUUAUUGCUAUUUUCUUCUUUUUGUAUUUGAAUAGUAUACUGUUCAAUGCCUCUCUCCUGCAUAGUGUAUCAUCUCAUUGACUGUGAAUCUAUAUUAUUCUUAUGGAUAUGGAUAAUAAUCUUUUUUCUCGGGAGGUAUCUUCAUUGAAUGCACUGUCUGGGAAUAGCCAUGUGUAAGAGUCUUUCUCUGUGGGAGGUUUUGAUUCUGAUUUAAACCCAUGAAGUUACUUCAGUAGGAGAAGAGUGUUGUGUGGAAACCACCAAAUAUUUUGCAACUUUAUCUCAACAGUUGUGGAACUGAAUACUAACAGAGGAAAACAUUCUUGACCAUGAUAAAACAAAAAACACAGAAGCGAAAGAGAAACCCUUCACAUUUUACAAUUGGGGGGUGAGGGUUUGGUGCUGACUGAAUUAAAAACCGGCAGCACAUGCAGUUUUCUGCCAGCUGCAUGGUUUGUCCUGAGUGUUUUCCUGGGCGCAGCGGUGUUGGUGUACAGGGCAGGCUGCCGCCAGGUGCUCAGUGUACCUGGGGCCUGCUGCAUGCCGUGGGGCUGGGCCAGGACUCAGCCUGGCUCAGAACAGGCUUCAUCCAGCUCAUCUUGGCCGCACCAUACCUUCUGCUGUAGCUUCCUACUUUCCUGUUGGAAUUCCCACUCUGACCACUCAGGCAAUUGAAGAAAGAGAACAAAGUGCAGCUCUUUGCCCAGAGUGAAGGGAGAGAUUCCACGUAGUCCUGUCUGAGGUUGGAAAAAUGGUGUAAUCAUUUAUUUAUUUAUUUUUCCCCCUUUGAAUUAAAACUCAGAAUGUCAUCUACUCCCCCCCCCCCCCCCCCCAUUUUCCUUUUUGCUAAGCCAAAUUUCUCACCUUUCCACCCAGAACACCUACACAAUAUUCAGGUGUCACAUGAGGUGUGAACAGAGGCUGGCGGUGAAUAUUUUGGUGGCCGGACAUAUCACACACUUGCCUUGGGCCACUUUCAAAGACAGAAACAGCCUCCUGCUUUUUCCUGUCCCAGUGUUGGGUGCGGGGGGGUCCUGUUGACAACAGUUUUCUGUGCAGCUAAUAAAACUUUUUUUAAAAAAAUGACAUGUUUGAUUUGACAGCUUCCCAUGAAAGGUCUUUUAUAGUCCCACUGGGCAGAGUUUAGGGCCUAAACUUCGUAUUGAGCUGAUCAUUUAACGUGAAAAUGAUGUAUUGUGACCUUCAACUAAAUGCAUGGACUUUAAGCUCAUUGGAGACAGAAUGUGAAAGAGGGGUGGAUUUGGAGAGAUCAGACCAAAGAUGCUGAGCGACAGUCACAUGCCGUGCCCCACCUCUGGAAGAACUUGCCAACAGUGGAGACCAGCCGCCACGCCAUCGCUGAGACCCACGCUCCUCCACUUUCCAAAGUUCACAGUAAAGCGAAGGCUCCUUAAGGUUAUCCACAGAAAACAGGACUUCUGAGUGGUUUCCUAAUGGAAGCAGUUCCUAGGAAGUUUUUGGGUCAUGGACAAAGACCAUGGGACUACGCGGAAUCAGUUAGACCUUCUUGUCACAUCCAUUGACUGCCGUAGCCAGCGCGUCUGUGCUUCUGUUCAAGCUGAAGUACAGUGGCUAAGGUUGUCUUCAGUCUUCUUUCUCCAUUGUGUGAUCAUCACAAUGCCAUUGCUUUUGUUUUAAUGGUGAUUAUGAGACUUCUAAUACAACAAUGAACGGGUAUUGGUGCCUCUUGAUUUUUAAGGACUUUGAAGAAAAGAGUCACCUCAUAUUCAUAGGGUGCGUGAGUAUUUUGUAGUGUAUGAGCAGUUAAUUGAAAUUAAGAGUUAUGAAGUAAAUAUUUUGGUUUUUCCAUAGUGGCUGAUGUAUACAGAGACACUAAAACCCACGUAUGACGUGGGGAAUGAGGAUCCUUUUUUCACUCCGGGUAGUCCCACCUGUUCUGUAGUUUGAGUUGAGUGUUCUCCAUGCUGUGAGUUACCACCACCUCAAUGAUCUCAGCCUUUGGGACAGUAGAUAACUGCAGAAACUGAGACCUCUUAUUACAUGCACAAGACAGCUGCUGGUAGACAUUAACUCUCUGGUUUUCCAGCUCAACCUCUGACUAAGUAGACUGGCGGUCACACUGGUCAGUCUGUGUAGUUAGCAGACUCAGGUUAUUUUCAGGGAAGGCGUGGAAGCAUGGUUGGGUAGCUUCAUCACCAGAAUGUGUCAAGCAAAGACACAGACCAAAUACCUUUCAUUACUUUACGUGUAUUAUCUUUGGUGACCCUAGAAUCCUGUGGCCUUGCGGGAAUGUCUGCAAGGAUCACAGAGGCGGUUUGGUGUUUUCAGAAGCCUACCCCAGCGGUGGCAGGUUUUAUGUGGUACAGUAGUACCAGAAGCAGCUACAAGUAAGUAAGUCUUCAUGAACUGUUCUGAGUGAACACCAAUGGAAUAGAUACCAAAAAUAAAACGACACGUUUCUUUCAGUUGCAGGUGAAGCAGCCCAUUAGUUUUAGAGUGAGUUUUCCGCUGUGACUUUUAACUUUGAGACACAGGGAGAGGAAACAAAAAAGUUUUGUUCUCAAGACCUUUCCCUUUACAGUUUGCAACUGUAUUGAGCUUCCAAAGAGACAGAAGCAGCUGGACUUGGCUCAGAGCACAGGCUUUGCUUCGUGGUGUGGGGAGGCCCCGCGCUCUGACUUGGCCAGUCACUUGACCGCUCUCCAGCAAGGCAGAUAUGGGAUUUACUAGGAUUCAGUGCCUGAUAUUUUGUUUGGGGAAGGGGGGACGGGAGUGAAUGUAUGGGGGUGGGAGGGAAGCAGGGAGAGCGGACUUGUGAGUGAGUGCGCAUGCGUUGAGACUUCACCACUGCCCCGUGGCCUCUCGGAACAGCCGGUUCACGCAUCUUGCUCACAGCUGCAGUGCGCAUGUAUUUUGUUUUCUCCUCUGUGUUUCUGAACUUACACUAAAAGAUUUCACCCAAUCAUCUUGUUCAGAUGGCUCAGGAUUGUAUUUCUUUUGCUUACCCUGUGCUCUUGGGUUCUAUAGUAUUUCUAUAAUUAUGUAACAAAAAUAGUGUUGCACUGUAAUCUAUCAUAUAGAGCUAUAUGUAUGGAACAUUUGGAUCAGUUUUUAAAGAAAUGUAUCCUGUUUGCAAAGGCACAAUAAAGUUGCAUCUUAUAGACUAUAGGCAAUAAAGCUAACAAUAAACUGUAUUUAACACAAACCAUA